CCUGUUCGUUUUUUUUUCAGCCGUACUUUUUCUAUCGGCCAGCAGUAUAUUUUUCUCAUAAUAAAUUAGCCAUCCAUAACUACAAGCUCAGAGACACAACGACGAGCAAAAGCAAACUCGCAGGGAUCAGCAGUAGCGGCCCGGUCCCUGCACUCGGCAGACGCGGCGGGGAAGCAAGAAGCAAGAAGGAAAAAAACACCGGUUCCUCCGCGCCCGCGGUUUCAGUUGCUUCCUUCCUUGCUCGCGGAAGCCACAAAGAGAAGCCUCCUUCCUCCGUUCCGUGCGCCACGACGGAAGCAACCGCUGUCCUCUCGCCUUCACCAAACCAAACCCACAACAACCACUCUAGCCCGCCGAUGGAGGUGGAUCCGGCGGCGGACGAGAGGAGGAAGAACAAGGGCGGGCUGGAGUGGGAGCUGGAGCGCCACUACGACGACUUAGAGCGGGAGAUGAUGCUGAUGGCCGCCGACGACCGGCCGCACAAGCAGCAGCGGUGGCGGCACCGGCCCGAUCUGCUCCAGAACUGCGACCUGCCCCCACCGGCCAAGCUCUUCGGCCCCGUCCCCACUCUGCAGAGGCUGGAGACCGCCGCUGCCAAGGACGACGGCCUGCUGCGGGCGCUGCGCUUGUCGCAGUCGCGCGCGCGGGAGGCGGAGGACAAGCUGGCGGCCGCGGGCGCCACCAACGUCGACCUCGCGGCGCUGCUCGUGCGGGACUCCGUCGCGCUGUCCGCGCACCGCCGCUGGGUCAUGAUGCUGGAGGCCGAGAACUCCCUGCUCCGAGGACGAGGAGAAGGUGCGGACCCGGAACCGCAACCAGACCCAGACCACGGCGCCGGCGGGGUGGCCGUGUGGUGGGUCGCGCUCGCCGUCUGCGUCGGCGUCGGCCUCGCGCUCGGCAGGUUCCUCUGCUGAACUGUCAACAGCUUCCUCUCACAUCUCCCAGGUCAUGGAUGGAUGGGUUUUGAAAGCGGAAACCGCUGUCAUCCCAAUUCCCACCACACAACAACACAACACACUUGAUCGACGUCCUUGGCAUCACAUCACACGCAUUCGAAUCGUGUAGCAGUACUAGUUAGUUUCAAUUCAAUAGGAAAUGAAAAUGUGACACUGUAGUAUUUUCGUUUU